AUGAGUGUUCCGUGGCCUCGGAACCGCUUCAGCUACGACGUGAUCUCGCCAGAGGCGCACGCGUUCGUCGACAAGAUCUUUGCUUCUCGCAGCGACCAGCCUCUCAUGAUGAAGUGGGUGAACCAACACAAGAACAAAGCGACUUUUUCCAAGCGGAUUCUUGUGCUAUCCAACUACCGACUCAUGACGCUCAAGCCCCCUGGUCUCGGCACCAAACUCAAAGUGUCCAAGGAUUUGUCGUUCUUGGACUUGUUGAAAAUACAAGUCGAGCAGUGUGACUCGUCGACCACCAUGAAGGCCAUCUUUACCGGCGGUCGCAUUCUGCACGUCGAUCCGGGGAUGCACUGCGAAGAAGUCGUACGCAUGAUUCAGCGCCGGAUUCAUCAGCUCGCGGACGCGUUUCCUUUGACGAGCCGGCCAAAGUUUGGACUUCCAGCGGCCUUACAUUGGGACGAGUACAGCAUCGAUAUGAGCGACAAGGACAAGGUGGUCGAAGCAUUCCGUGCAUGCUGCGAUUAUCACUUGGUACCAUUUCGUGACGACAUCGCGGCUAAGCUCAAGACCGCCAUGGACUCAAGUCCAUGCAUCGUGGACUUCGAACUGUGCAUUCUUGGCAUGGUACGUCAGCGACAUCUCGCGCUGGAACUUAUCCUGGAACGAAGCGUUGUCGUCCAAGGCUUCCAUGUGGGCGACGAAGGCGUCGCAAUGGCGUUCCAGGCGCUAGAACAACCGCAUUCGGUCGUGAGCACCCUUCGCCUCUCCAAAGUCCGCAUGUCCCACGCCGGCCUCCAAGCGUUGGAAUCCGUGGCCAAGGCAAAGGAGCACAUGCCAACAGCAUGGUCUUUGACCGCUCUCGAUUUGUCGGAAAAUUCCAAAUGGACCAAGGAGAGCGUGACGGCGCUGGUGUCGGCCAUGAAAUCGUUUCCCUCGCCGCUACAGGCAGUCAACUUAGCGCAGUGCAGCUUGCCAGAGAUCGCGCAGAUUGUGACAGUGCUCGAUCAACCAUCGUGGACGGCAGCGCUGCAGACACUCAAUCUAUCCUUCAAUCCAAUCGAUUAUGACGCGACGACGGCCUUGACAGGGUGGUUAUCACGAGCCAAGGCCCUCCACCAUCUCAACUUGGCAGGGACGGGCAUCGACACGUUCCAAUUAAUCAAUGCGUUGAAGCGCAACGUAUCGCUGCACAGGUCGUCGUUUGUGGCGUUAGAUUUGUCGUACAACAUGCUCAAAGCCACCACGGCCGCGGCGUUGGGUGAGAUGCUGGGCACUACGCACACACUAGCAGUGCUGGUUCUCCGCAACAUGAAGCCAGCCAUCGCCGCCACGACUCUGUCGACGAUCAUGGCGCCGUGGUUUCAGAACCCGCACUUUGUCGUGUCCCAACCAAACCACGAAAGCACUCCACCGCCGUUGCUGACGCUAGAUCUGAGCGAAAAUAACCUGAGUGACGGUGGGGCGCAUGUCCUUGCCGACCUCAUCGCUCACUCGCCACGCGUUCGCCGAGACGUGCUCAAACUGAACCAGUGCGCAUUGCACGAUGAUUCGGUGGAGGCGAUUGUGACGGCGCUGGCGCAAUGCGAUGCGUUGUCGAGCCUCCACUUGGAAGACAACGACGGGAGGCCGCGACCCAAGUCCAUUUUUGCACCGGCCGCACGACUGCGUCUCGCCCCUGGCGACGCGUUCGUCAAGUUGCUCACCAAGCAACGGCAUCUCAAGGCAGUAUAUUUGAGCAACUCGACGUGCGCCGCCAUGCAGUACUCCAUUGCGGUUCUGCGCGGGGUAGUGCACUCGCUCGGCACGGGCACGUCGUCCGUGGAAAUCGUCGACAUUUCUGGCAAUCGUGGAGGCGACGAUGUCGCCAAAUGCAUCGCGGCCGUGCUGCCCAAGACGCAACGUCUCCGCGCUUUGUUUUGGGAUGGCAACCACACGACGUUGGCUGGCUUUCGGCUUGUGCAAGAUGCAUUGCGCCACAACCGUUCCCUGUGUGUGAUGCCUGUGCCUCUUCAAGACACGCGUCGCCUCUUGGAACGCCGCGACCCGCAGCGAGAAGCGCUGUUUGCAGUCCUGGGGUCCAUGUGCGAAACCAUCGAACGAAACCAAGCGUUUGCGAGUGAAAAGGCCGAUCUGGGCAGCGUGGCGUCGUCGGUGAUCUUCCGCGAAGACGGCUACGACAAAAUGGACGGGAUGCGACGGUCGUGGCUGCAGGGCAGUCCGCCCGACUUGCGCCAGAGCUGGUCCCGAGGGAUCGACGACCUCACGAUGGUUACGCCCACCGGCAACAACUCCACAACGACGACCACCCCAAAUACACAGUCGACGCAUGAAAGUUAA